GCACAACACACACUCACACACACGCACACUGGGGAUUUCCACCCAAGAGCUUGUUUCCUUCACUUGUUUUGCUUUCGAUCUGAAGAGCGAAAUCAAACCCAUUUGACUUUUCGUUUUGUUAUCGAGAACUACAAAUUGUCAAGAUUCUUCAUACACUCUUUGCUUUUAUCACUAGAGUGAUUUCUACGCGUCGCAGGCCAGCAUGCCGGUGGAGAGAAUGCGUAUGAGACCAUGGUUGGAAGAGCAGAUAAACUCUUGUCAAAUACCGGGGCUCAAAUGGGUGAACAAGGAGAAGAAACUAUUCCAGAUUCCAUGGAUGCAUGCUGCGCGACACGGCUGGGACGUGGAGAAAGAUGCUCCGCUCUUCCGAAACUGGGCCAUCCAUACAGGGAAAUAUCAACCAGGUGACAAACCGGACCCCAAAACAUGGAAGGCGAACUUCCGCUGUGCAAUGAACUCCCUGCCUGACAUAGAGGAGGUGAAAGACAAAAGCAUCAAAAAGGGAACAAACGCCUUCAGGGUGUACAAGAUGCUGUCAGCGUCUGAGAGGCAUUCAAAGAGAGGAAAAAAGAGAGGAAUUGAAAAAGAAGAAAAGAUAAAGGCAGUGCGGCCAUGCCCUGUGCCUUCGAGCUGGGAAUACAGUAAUGGCUCUUCAGCUUGUAAAACCCCAGUCACAGUCAAGCAGGAGGCAGAUUACUACAGUACAGAGGCCGGUGGGCGGAGCCCAGCGGACGACCACCUGAUCAUUAACGAUCUGCCUGACGUGUGUCAGACCAUCGAGGUGGUGACGGAAAACGAGGAGCAGGCCGUGACCUCCAGCGACCUGUACCCCUUACAGAUCUCCCCCGUCUCCUCGUAUGGAGCAGAGAGCGAUACAGACAGCGCCAGUGAGGAAGACUCCAAAGAGCGUAUUCAGGCCUUGCUAUUUGGUCAUGAAGACAAAAAGAUGAGGAUGCCCCUGCCUGGCAUGUCCACUUUCAUUUCUCCCGACAAGCCCAACUUCAAGAUAACCACUGUCCGAGAGCCUGCACCUUCGGCCUUGCACGCCCCCUUCACCAGUGAGACGAACUGGAGCCUCUUAAACACCCCUUUCCCCUCAUCCUCCCACAGCCCCGGACCCUCCGGCCAGCCAUCGGCCCACGAAAAACGUGCCAGCGUCAUCAUGAAAACCUCAGACGUGUCCAAAUCCUCCGUCAAGACUUGCUGAUGAAACCUGCACACGAUGUCCAGCCGGACUCGUCGAGAACACUAUCAUCGCCUUCGAUAAAGGACCUACGAGCUCACAGGACAGGGAUGGAGCAUCCUACGGGAGGUUAACUCGAUGCUCCCAGACAGGAAGUGACACGUGAGCUUAAAUUCAGGGAGUUUUUGAGUGCAGUGACGUGUAUCCGUAAGCUGCCGUAGUGAUCCGCAAGCCAUUAUGAAUGUGUAUAUAGAGGAAUCAUUGCCUAAUUGCCUUUAGUCACCCGAGCACCUUAUGGAUGAGCACUGGCUGCCAUAAUCAGUGACUUUUGCAGCUCGCAAUCAAGGAUAGACUUUUUACGAGCCUGUUUCUGAAAAAAAAAACGCAUGUACAUAAAUGGCAUAAUAUUAACUUAAGACCUUCAUUGUGAGCGAAUACAUUUUUAUACCUUAGAGAUCUUUAUGCAAUGGAUAGUACAUGCCAUUUUACAUUAUAGGCCUUAUGAUGUAAGACAUCCUGUGUGAAUAUGUGUUAGUUUGUGGUUUUUAUGACAAGACAAAGCACUUGUUUUAUGAUUUUUUUCAACCUUUUAAUGUGUCUCUUUCUACUGUAUAUGUGAACGUAAAGAUGUAAAGUAUAUGUCCUGCUUGUCUUGUGUCUACAGCUGUGUAUUAAAGUCCCAGAUAAUGUGUGUGCCUAUCGGAUCUUUAUACACUCACAAGGGCUUCUUUAAUGAUUUCCACAAGAUUCUGGUGUAUAAAAAAUCAUGUGAUCAUAAGAAUAAAUGAUAGACACUGUUUGGGUCAGAUGUGAGUUGGUGCGGUGUCGUCUGUAGGCCUACUGUCAAAACUGA